AUGAGUCAAGCCGACGAGGAGAUCGGGGCGAACUCGCCCGGGCCCGGCAAUGGCCUGGACGAGUCGGCUCCCCUGCAGUUUGGCACGGCGGACCUGGGCACGGCCCCGAGCCCGGACCGGUUCGCGACGCAGGGAGCCGCGCAGCCCUCGCAGCCGGCGGGCUCCGUCGCGUCGCCGCGGGGGUCCGCGUUCGCCACGCCGUCGCGCGGCGGCACCGGCCAGGAGCUGUCGCAGCCGGGCACGGGGGGGCGCACCUACCUGACGCCCUCGCGCGCGUCGCGCCCGGCGUCCUCGAUGAACGACAUGUCGCAGGGGGGCGCGCCGGUGUCCUCGCUGCGGACGCCGUCGCGCGGGGCGUUCUCGCGCCCGGAGUCCGCGGACGUGCGCGAGAUAGGCACUCCGGGCAGCGUGCGGCGCCCGCAGCACCGCUCCGAGCCGUGGAGGCAGACGAUGCAGACGCCGGCCAGCCAAGGCGCGAGGUCGUCGCAAGGAGCACAGACCCCGGCGGGCGCUGCGUCGGCAGGCCGUUCCGCGGGGCGCGCCGACAGCGGUGCCUUCACGCCGGCGGCCGAGACGGAGGACGACGUGGCGACGCACGUGAUCUGGGGCACAACCAUCGACCUGGAGACCUCGGAGCGCGACUUCAGGAGCUUCGUGAUGGGGUUCCACGAGGACGGCGAGCUGGAGCCGCGGUACCUGACGCUGGUGCGGGAGGCGGUGGUCAACGAGGAGUCGACCAUCAACAUCGACUGCCAGCACCUCGCGUCCUGGAACCCGAAGCUCUACGACAACCUCGUCGCGUACCCCAGGGAGAUGGUCCCGCUGUUCGACCUGGUCGUGCAGCAGGUGGCCGCGCAGGCGCACGGCGAGCUGCAGGAGGAGAUGGGCGAGGACUUCGUGGGCAACGAGCCCCCCUCCCUGCCGGUGCGGCUGUUCAACAUGAAGGAGACGCGCGCGAUGCGGGACCUGAACCCGUCCGACAUCGACCAGCUGGUGUCGAUCCGCGGGAUGAUCACGCGGUGCUCGGGGAUCAUCCCGGACAUGCGGCUGGCGUACUUCGAGUGCACGGUGUGCAACAACAAGAUCAUGGUCUACAACGACAACGGGCGGGUCGACGAGCCCGUCGAGUGCCAGGACGACCAGGGCAACGGGUGCCACAACCGCUUCACCAUGCGCCUCGUGCACAACCGCUCCGAGUUCGCCAACAAGCAGCUCAUCAAGAUGCAGGAGACCCCCGACGCCAUCCCAGAGGGCGAGACGCCGCACACGGUGACGCUGUACAGCUACGGCGACAUGGUGGACGUGUGCAAGCCGGGCGACCGCGUGGAGAUCGUGGGGGUGUUCCGCGCGCAGCCGACGCGCAUCUCGCCGAAGCUGCGCACCCAGCGCGCGGUGUUCAAGACGUACGUGGACGUGAUGCACGUGCGGCAGGAGUCGCAGUCGGUCAUGGCGCAGUCGCGGCUCCCGGAGGCCGAGGAGCCCGACGACGCGCAGCGCGCGCUGCUCGAGGCCGUGCGCCGCGAGGGGUCGAACAUCACCUCGGAGGCGCUCCUGGCGAAGGAGGCCGAGAUGGUGGCUCUGUCGCGCGACCCCGACAUCUACCAGCGGCUCGUGGCGUCGGUGGCGCCCUCGGUGUGGGAGAUGGACGACGUCAAGCGCGGCAUCCUCUGCCAGCUGUUCGGCGGCGAGGUCAAGACGUUCACGGGCGGGCGCGUGCGCGGGGAGAUCAACGUGCUCCUGGUCGGGGACCCGGGGGUGUCCAAGUCGCAGCUCCUGACCUUCGUGCACAAGAUCGCCCCGCGCGGCAUGUACACGUCCGGUCGCGGGUCGUCCGCGGUGGGGCUCACGGCGUACGUGACGAAGGACCCCGAGACGCGCGAGAUGGUGCUGGAGUCGGGCGCGCUGGUCCUGUCGGACCUGGGCAUCUGCUGCAUCGACGAGUUCGACAAGAUGUCGGACGCGGCGCGGUCGAUGCUGCACGAGGUGAUGGAGCAGCAGACGGUGUCCGUGGCCAAGGCGGGCAUCAUCUGCACGCUCAACGCGCGGUCGUCCGUCCUGGCGUCGGCCAACCCCAUCCACUCCAAGUACGACCGCGGCAAGUCCAUCGUGGAGAACAUCAACCUCCCGCCCACGCUCCUCUCCCGCUUCGACCUCAUCUACCUCAUCCUCGACACCGCCUCGCCCGAGAAGGACGCCCGCCUCGCCCGCCACCUCGUCUCGCUCUUCCACGAAGAGGCCCCCGCCAACCUGCAGCCCCCCAUCCCGCAGAGCGUCCUGCGGGACUACAUCGCGUUCGCGCGCGCCCGGUGCCACCCGCGGAUCGGCGCGGCGGCCAAGGCGCGGCUGAUCAAGGAGUACGUCGAGCUGCGCGCGAUCGGCGGGCGCAACAGCAUCUCCGCGACGCCCCGGCAGCUGGAGUCGCUGGUGCGUCUGUCCGAGGCGCUGGCCAAGAUGCGGCUGGCGGAGGAGGUGGCGGAGACGGACGUGGAAGAGGCGGUGCGGCUGCUGAAGGCGGGUCUGCUCGCGGCGGUGACGAACGCGGCGACGGGCCUGAUCGACCUGGAUAAGAUCAUGACGGGCACGUCGGUGGAGGAGCGCGCGCUGAUGGAGGACGUGGGCGGGCUGGUGCUGGCGGCGGUGGGCGACAGCCGCGUGACGCACACGAACCUGGGCGAGGUGCUGCGCCGCGUGAACGAGCAGCUCAAGGCCGACGGGCGCGAGGAGGUGACCAUCGAGCUGCUGCGCCGCGUGGCGCAGUCCCUGCACACCGCGGGCGACGUGGACUUCUCGUCGACGCGCGGGAUCCGACUCGUGCGGUACGGGUGA